AUGGUGGGAUAUCCCACUGCGGUUGGCACCUUGCCAAAUGAAAUCCUUAUGAAUAUCUUCUGCCUCUUCCCCACCACUUCCCUCCUCCCUCUCACCCUUACCUCUCAUCGCAUCCACGAUGUGAUUCUCCGCAUUGUCCACAAUCGAAUGCUUGCAGCCGCGAGCAUUCCGGGUCAUCAAGUCAUUCUUGAUGUAGUGGGCUUGCAAGAACGCUGCACCUUGGGACAAUUGCGCGGUUUAUACUCCCAUUUCCGUCCUAUUCAACCUGAAGGCGAUCGAAAAGUGUGGGCUGUACAUCCCAUAAACGGCUGGAGAGCUACAACCCUUGAUACAUUCAGAGAGAAUACUGGAGGUUUGGUUGCACAAAACGUUGAUCUCGAAUCAUACGAGCAAUUUUCGCAGCUCCAAUCAGCGGUCAACGUGGUGAAGAUCGGACCUCGAAAAGGAAUAUUCCAAAGCUGCAUUACAGUUGGCGAAGGCUUGACAAGAUUUUGGAGGAACUGGUUGGGGGAACAGGCGAAGAAGAAUUGGUCUGCGAGUUUCGCCCAGGCAGAGUCACAAGAUGAGCGUCUGCUCUGGUCUUCUAUGAAUCAGCAUACUGGACUUCGCCUCCGUGUCAUUGAAAGACUAGGCUCUGCAAGUUCUUCCACGAGGAUUCACGUAGACGAUGACAACGUGUCGUACACUCUGCAGUACGAAGAACUUGUGGUACGAACAAGCCGACUUCUCCUACAAGUCGAGAAAACUCUUUCUGAGGAAGUGAACCACGAAGGUAAAGCCAUGAUGGCCAUAGCCUAA